CUGCGCGCACGCAACCUGUUUGCUUGGUUCAUAAUUUUAGAUUCUAAGCCAUUGAUUCCAGUUACCGCUUGUUCCACAUACUGAGUUAUCGUGUUAGAAUUUUACCUUUAAGUACGCUAUGUUUUUAAGAAAACUAUGCAGAGGCUCGGGGGCUCUAAAUAUAAGGACUUAUAGUGUGGGUGUGAUAGACAAAAGACCGCCAAAAAUUUUAAUCACUGGAGGACUGGGCCAACUCGGCGUCGAGUGCGCGAAGUACCUCCGGGGGAAAUACGGAAGGGAGAACGUCAUACUUUCAGACAUAAUCAAACCGACUACUGAAGUUGCCAAUGACGGCCCCUACAUAUUCGCCGACAUUCUAGACUUUAAAGGACUGCAGAAGAUCGUCGUAGACCAUAGAGUCGACUGGUUGAUACAUUUUUCCGCCCUACUCAGCGCUAUUGGAGAACAAAAUGUGCCUUUAGCCGUAAGAGUGAACAUAGAAGGAAUGCAUAACGUCAUUGAGCUAGCAAAGCAGUAUAGACUGAGGAUCUUUGUUCCUAGUACUAUUGGAGCAUUCGGUCCCGACUCUCCGCGAAACCCUACACCUAAUAUAACUGUGCAAAGACCUAGAACAAUCUAUGGCGUGUCUAAAGUGCAUGCAGAGCUGCUAGGAGAGUAUUAUCACUACAGAUUUGGACUGGACUUCCGUUGCUUGAGGUUCCCUGGGGUCAUCUCCAGUGAUCCGCCCGGUGGAGGCACUACGGACUACGCCAUAGCAAUCUUCCACGACGUGUUGCGGAAGGGCCGCUAUCAAUGCUACCUCAAGCCUGACACCAGACUCCCCAUGAUGCACGUCAGGGACGCCCUGCGAGCCCUCUCAGAGUUCCUUGAAGUUCCUAAUGAGAAACUCAACAGACGGGUCUACAAUGUGACCUCUAUGAGCUUCACCCCUGAAGAGUUGGCAGAGAAGAUCAACCAGCAUCUAAAGGAGUUCCAGAUCACGUAUCAGCCCGACAGCAGGCAGGAUAUUGCGGAUUCAUGGCCACAAGUGUUCGAUGACAGCGAGGCGCGACGAGACUGGCAGUGGAACCCAGAAGUGGACCUCGACAACCUGGUGUCUCUCAUGAUAAAGGAGGUCAAGGAGAAGAUAGCCGCUAACGGCUACUGAUUUGGUACCUAAUACUUUAGCGAAAGUAUUGAGUGCGUUUCCACUGGAGCGGAGCAGAGCGUAGACGAACGGAUCGAGCAAUCACAGCGUGCGAGAGAGCAACAGAGAGAGAACACGGUCGCUCUAUCCCUUGCGGUGAUUGGUCGAUUCCUGCACAUCUCCGUUCCGCUCAGUGGAAACACACCAUUGAGAACCUGUUUCAUCCGUAGUACUGCUAGCUGCGCUGUUGUGUGUGCUACUGCUAUUAUAACUGGUGAAACAGGCUCGUAACAUUUGCUACAACUCAGAAGGACUAUUCUUAUAGUAUUUUAUAAUUUGAUACGAAAUAUGAGUACUAGGAUUUCAAUAGUUCAUUUGUUUAUAUCAAUCUAAUCGAAAAUAACUAGAGUUCCUAAGUUCGCUUAGUAAAAACGUUUCAAGAACGCAAACUUACGUAUUUUUGAGGAUAAGAUCAUUAUUUACUAUUAUUUCGUGAGAUUGACACCUCGUACAUACUUAAGUACACAAAUGUCCCUUAUACAAACCUUCUGAGUUGCAUUGCAACAUUCCGUCCUCGCAAGAUCUGCCAUUGAAAAUUAGUUUUAAUUGUAUAACAAAAAAGGAAUAGGUAAUAUUAAUAAUAAAGGUGCUACUUACAUAUCUAUGACCACUUAAUAGAGAGUGUGGAAAUUUUAAAAAUUUUUUCUUGUACUUAAUACGAAAGAUUGAUUUAAAAAAAUAAUGAAGAAUAGACGCAGACUUUAAGACAAUAUUUUUAAAGUUUGUAAUUGUAAAUCAUUAAAGGUACACUCUAUUGAGUAGUCGACUUGUUCUAUGUUUUCUAUAAAAUAAAUGUAAGGAAAAAUAAUAAAAAAUAAAGUUUUAUUGACUCAA